UUUUUUUUUUUUUUUUAUAUAUAACACACAUUUUUUAUUUUAACUUUAUUCUCGCGGAAUUAUUUCCAUUUAACUGCAUAAAUAAGAAACGAUGAUAGAAGACAAUUUAGUUUGGGAAGAACCAAACAAUUACUACACCAAUACCGAUCAUGAAUCCGAAGGAGUCAAACGUACUUCCUGGUGCGUAGACAACAAGGAUGAUGAACAACAACUUCGUUUAAAUUUGAUCGACAGAGCCACCACCCAUCUUAGAAGACGUCGCUUGGAAAAUGACCUUCAGGAUGUCAUGUCACAAGUCGUUUCCUUGCAAACUCAAUUAGAGUCCCUUCGUUUAGAUGCGAUCACCACCAUCGAUACCAUCUCUCAUAUAUUCGAAAAUGAUACCGCUUCUUCUUCUUCAUCAGUCAAGAUGAAUAGACAAAUGGAUGUAUUGGAAAGAAGACUUAGUUCACAUAAAUCCAGUCUUGAACAGUUUACCAUCCUUCAAUCUCAAGAGGAUGAUCUUUUACUUUCCAAUCAACAUCCACUCCCCCAACAAAAAAAAGAUACUUCUCUCUCUCCUCCCUUGACUGCUAUUGCCAUGUCAAGAUUGUCGUCUCUCUCACUUGUCUCCUCCAUCUUUAAUCGUACCUCCGAAUGUACCAGUAAUACCAGCGUCAGUGAUCAACAAUCCAUCAUUGAUGAUGAUUGUAUCUCACAUAUCGAAAGUAUCAGUGGAGAAGAUCAUCCCUUUUAUGAUUUAGCUGGCAAACGCAGCUUCAGAGAAGGAAGUUUCUGUGGUAGCGUUUAUAGCGGUGAACAAGAAGAACAAAAGGAACCUAAUAUGCCGAUCGCCAAUACAUCCGAAAUUCGUUGGAGACGCCGUCAACGUCGUCAACGACACCAACAACAUCUGGAACAACAACAACAACAACAACAACAACAGAGUCGCCAUGGUGACGGUAACUACAGUGACAAUGAAUCUUUCAUCUCGGACGAUCUUUUAUCUUUGCACAAGGCUGUUCACCCAUUAUCACUUUCUUCUCCCAUGACACCUCCACCCAAUUAUCAUGCAGGUAAUUUUUACUUUGAAGAAGACAAUAUGGAUUAUCAUGACAAGACACACUCUUGGUUGUAUGCUACACAACCCCAUGACGAAGAGGUGAUGGCGACGACAACAAGUCUUUACCCACAACGCAAUGUGUUGGAUGAGGCCAUGAGCUUUUUGGAAAGCAUUAGUGAAAAUGGAGACGAUAUGGGAUUUGGUGAAGAUUUCUAUUUACUACUCCGAAAUCCUGAUUUGUGUUGCCGACCCCUAUCGGAGAUUCAAUCCACGAUGCAAGAGCUUCGACAACAAACGUACAUGAAUCAAUGGCUCACGAUGGGUAAAAGUAUGGUGUAUCAAACCACCUGUACUAGUUUACAAUGGUGCAAGUUCUUGAGUGUGUUAUCUGCUGCUGUUGUUAUCAGUAUCAUGAAGGGACCUGAAGAUGUUCGUCGUCAUUCAUUCUAAAUUAUUUCUCUCUUUAUUUUUUUUCCCAUCCUUACUUCCUUCCUUACCCUUUUACCCUUUUCUAUUUUUUUUUUAUUUUUUUUACUUCUAAUAACUCUAUGUAUACUGCCAUCCCCCCACACCCAUUUAUGUUCACUCCACACUCCUCCUCCCAUUUUCUCUAAUCAUACCCCCCAUUUCACUUGUAUGUAUUUUCUUUUUUCUUUUUUAUAUGUUCUCUUUAGAAACCUUUUACCGCUCUCACCUUUUUUUUUUUAUUAAUUUCAUGAUAUUCUUUUCUUUUACGUAUACCACCUUAUAUAAUCCUUUUUUCUUUCUCUUUUACAAACCAAACAUUUUUCUUUCUCUCUUAUUAAUACUACACAACCAUUACUAUACAUAUAUAUAAAAAUCAUUAUUUAAAAACCACCAUGUUUAAAAAA